AGCGCAGACAAAGCUGGGUGGGGACUCGCCGCUCGGGGCUGCUGCUGCUGCUGCUGCUGACCACCCUCCUCCUCCUCCUGCUGCUGCUGCUGCGGCCGCAUCCCUCCUCCAUCCCUCCUCCAUCCCUCCUCCAUCCCUCCUCCAUCCCUUCCUCCAUCCCUCUGUCCGUCUGUCCGUCCCGCCGCCGCCCGCCCCGCGGGGACCGGGGCAUCGCAUCCAGGCAGUGAAGGGCCAAGAGGAGCAGAGCUUCCCUGAGAGGCACAAAUCACUGGAGAGAUCAGCUGCUGAUUUUCAGUUCUGGGGGGCUUGCAGGGCUGGGAGCAGCCCAGCUGCUGAUCCUGGUGUGUUGCUGCCUGCAGCCCAUCCCGGGAGCUCCUGGCUUGCCCAUGGCUAGCAACAACACUGCUAGCAUAGCACAAGCCCGAAAGCUGGUGGAGCAGCUGAAGAUGGAGGCCAACAUCGACAGGAUAAAGGUGUCCAAAGCAGCAGCAGACCUGAUGGCUUACUGUGAAGCCCACGCCAAGGAGGACCCUCUAUUGACCCCAGUCCCGGCCUCAGAAAACCCCUUUAGAGAGAAGAAGUUCUUCUGUGUGAUCCUUUAAACCCUGGAAGAGCCUGACAGGCACUCAGGCCACCCUGAACACUGAUGUAGAGUUUUUAGGAAUGGGGACGACCUGCUGGUCCGCAGAAUUUAAACAAAAAUAAGAUUAAAAAAAAAAAAAAAAAAUACGGCCUGGAAGCUACAGAGAUGUGCAUGUUUAAAGAACCUGGCCACCUUUGGGGGAAUCAGAUGAUCUGCAUUGCAAGGCAAAAGAUCUGAAGUCUGUAGAGUUGCCUAGGAAGAGAAAAACAAAACAAAACAAAACAAAACAAAACAAAAAAAAAAACAAAAAAACCAAACAUGUAAAGAAUAAAUCCGUGUCACUUUUCUGCUCACAAAAUUGUUUGAUUGUUCCAUAUUUAAAGCACCAGAGCUGUGCUGAGCAAAGUUAACUGCUAGGGAUGUGUAUAACCCUCUUGGAAUGAUGUUGUUGGUUUCUUUCCAAGCUAAUAUUUUUGAUUUGUCCAAUAUAUAGCGACAGGUUAGGUGGCUGUGCUGUUACUCAGUGUUUGGUCUUGUGCUUUUUCCAUUUCUGGCUGUAGCGUAGCAGGGGGGUCGAGGGGACGCCGGCACUCCGUGUCCCCCCUAGAACCCCACUUUAUCCCAUCCUCUCUAUGGUUAGCUUUGGUUCUGCAAGUACAAGUGAUUCCUGUGUCGUGCUUGGUGCCCCAUAGCCCUGUGGUGACAUUCAGUGGUAGUGCAUGAGAGUUUCAUUCCCUCCAUCCGCUCCAGACUUUUCUUUCCUAGCGCUCGGCACCACGUGCUGGUGGAAGAAGCUGCAGGGAGGAACCAGAGGCGAUUCUGAAAGCAGAGAGAGCUCCUGAGAUGCCUUAGACGUGCCUGAAAUACCUCCUGCCCCAGGGCAGGGGCCAGCCCAGCUGCAGGGCGAGCCAGAAAUCCCAAAAUCAAAGUUUGGCCGCUUCUUUCCGGGUCUUUCCUUUCCUCCUGCACCUCUGUGCCUCUGCCCUCCUCGCUCGGUCCUGCUCUUCUCCUGGCUCCUGGUAGCACUUCCUUCCCUUGGGGCUGCUCUGCAAUGUUGCUGGGGUGGUGUUCAGUGCUGGGGUGGUGUUCAGUGCUGGGGUGGUGUUCAGUGCUGGGAUGCUGCUUCAGGGUGGGACAGCUCCAUGGUGGGAUGCUACUCCAAAAGGGGAUGCUGUUCCUCCAUGAAGUGCUGCUCCAGGGUGGGAUGCUGCUCCACCAUGGGGUGCUAUUCCAAAAUGGAAUGCUGUUCCUGCUUGGAAUGCUGCUCCAUGGUGGAAUGUGUUCUUCUGUGGAAUGCUUCUCCAUGGUGGGAUACAGCUCCAUGGUGAGAUUCUACUCCAAAAUGGGAUGAUGUUCCUCCACAGGAUGCUGUCCCACCAUGGGAUGCUGCUCCUUUAUGGAAUGCUGCUCCAUGCUGGGAUGCUGCUCCACCAUGGAAUGCUGCUCCUUGGUGGGAUACAGCUCCAUGGUGAGAUGCUUCUCCUCCAUGGAAUACUGCUCCUUCAUGGAAUGCUGCUUCUCCAUGGGAUGCUGUCCCACCAAGGGAUGCUGUCCCACCACGGGAUGCUGUCCCACCAAGGGAUGCUGUCCCACCAAGGGAUGCUGUCCCACCAUGGGAUGCUGCUUUCUGUUGGGAUGUUUCUGCCCCUUCCUGCCCCCGUUCCUCUCCCGUUCCUGCUCCCCCCUCCCCACGUUGGGAAGGGCCAGGGGAGCCGUGGGGCUGCCCCUUCCAGAGGUGCCUGAUUCCCUGUUUACACACGGCCUGGGCUCCCUGCCAGCCUGGGGAGUUAUUCCCAGCUCUGCUCCCAGCUCCCAGGGGACACAUGCCACCUUUUUGGGCUCCUCCUUGGGUCCCUACUUUUGUGGACGUGGCUUGUCUCUUCUUCCUGCUGCUAAACACCUCCUGGCUUUCCCCUGCUCAUCCAUCCUCCUGGGAAACUUUGGGAAUCAUAACGUGGGGAUUUGUGUACAAAGUCAGCUGGGUGUCACAAAGGGGUUUGGGGCUCUGUGGUGACCCCACUGGACCAGUUCUGAAUCAGGAGUGAGCUUAAAAAUCCCUGUGGAUCCUGGAGGGCAAAAAUCUUUAGGUACCUUUUGGUAACUCUUUCUAGCCCGUGAAAAAAGUGCUUUUUGGUUUUUCUACCUUUUCAUACUCUUUUUCUAGUUCUUCUACAGGGAAGGCCAGUUCUCCUCACACUGGACUCCAAACUUUUGGCACCUGGGAAUGUUUAUAAGCCACGAGUAGCCUAGAUGGUCCCAGCCCUCCCUAAUUCCCCCAGUUUUGAUCUUUUUACUACAGCUCCCCUAGCUUUGGGAUGAAGGGUGGAUGAAGUGGUUUGCUCUGCAGCUGGUUUCACUCUUGGAGUUGCCAGGCAGAGAUGUCAAAACCCCAUCCUGAGAUUUGUCUUUUCUUUUUAAUCUGAUUUAUUGUCACAGAGAGUGAAGUGCAGCCGGUCUGACCCGGGGCUCCCACCCCACCCCUUCUCAAGCACUGUCAUAAAAGUGGUUUGUAAUAAUUUUUUUAAGGACUUGCCUAUUUUACAACUCGAAUUCUUAAUAACUUAGAGGAUGAAAUAAACCUGCAUGAAUAUGGGGGAGCGGGGAGGGGGAGAUUUUGAAUUAACCCAAACUACUCCUUGAAGGUGUUUUAUGUUGCUGGGCUUGAUUUUCUGUUGGUUGUGGUGUUGCCAUUGGUGUUCUGCCAGGUAUUUCACCCCAGUAUUUCUAUUUACACAGAUCUGCCUUUGUUAGCCAAGCAGAGAUCACCUGCCAAGGUUGUUUCCCCUCCUCACAACAAAAAUCCCACCCAUCCCUCCAUCCCCAUGCUGGAUUUCCAGCCUGGUUUCAAACAACAUUCCACUA